UCGCUCUUAGCUCAUACCCGAUGUUUCCGAAAGCCGUUUAUGGUUGCUUCGUAGUCUCCAGCCCCUGCUAAUAAUGGGAGCAAAAGUCCCGCUGCGUCUCGAAAUUUCUCAAUUUUACAGGUUUUCUGAACAAUAAUAAUUUGCAAAUGCUUUCCGGACAAAAGCUAUGCGGUUGUGACUCCCUGAUUCUUCGCACAUUCUGUCACCCUUAUACAAUGGCCACCGAUAUAUUGCUUCCGACCCAUUUCCCCGUUCGCCUACCCAAAACCCGCAAAUUCUCAGUUCUAUCUAUGGCUGUUAAGCGGAGUCCUAAGCGUCUCAAGUAUACAGCUCCUCGCUUUACCAAGGAGGAUGGUUUGCUUUACGUUGAGGCGGAUAUGUCUGGUUCUGACAGCUGGAAGUUAGAUUCUGUGGUCAAUCUCUUAAAAGAAGGAGCUGUUGGAGUCAUUCCCACGGAUACACUGUAUGCUAUAGUAUGUGACUUGAGAAGCCAUUCAGCCAUUGAGCGUCUCCGUAGAAUCAAGAAGAUAGAAGCUUCAAAGCCUCUUAGCAUCUUAUGCCACUCACUUCGAGACAUAGACAAGUAUACUAUUGGAUUUCCACGUGGAGAUGGUCAAGGUCAUAUAAAUAUAUUCAAAGCUAUUAAGCCUUACUUACCUGGUCCAUACACUUUCAUCUUAAUAGCAAGUAAAGAAUUACCUAAACAAUGCACAAGGUAUGGUACUACUGCUGCCAAAUAUGCAUCAAGAAAAAAUGUGGGUGUCCGUAUGCCUGAUGAUGCAAUUUGUCAAGCGAUACUGGAGAAGAUGGAUGCGCCCUUAAUAUGUACAAGCAUCAAGUUCCGAAAUGAGGACGAGUGGAUGGUUGAUCCUGUUAUGAUAGCUGAUACAUAUGGACCCGAGGGUCUUGAUUUUGUUGUUGAUGGUGGUGUGAGAGUUGCUGAACCAUCCACUGUGGUUGACAUGACAAAAGUUCCUCCAACAGUCAUACGACAAGGAAAGGGCCCUGUUUUACCUUGGAUGGAGUUGCAAGAUGAUCAGAAAAGUGAAGGUGAAGACGACCUCAUACCUUCUGCCAUUUGAAGUUCCACUGUCGAAAAACUCUUGUUCAGUUUUGCCCCAAUCCUCCCUGUAAAUUUCAACUUCACAUCUUAAAUUCCUUCGAGAAAACAGGAAGAGAUGGAAAUGUAUGUGACAUGGACAAAACAAGUUUCAUAUCAUCUGAAGUAGUUCAAUAGUAUAUGCAUAUAAAAGUCAAGUGUUGAAGCUCA